AGCGCAAGUCGACAUUUCAAUCGUCACUCGGGUUCUUUUCUUUCCCAUGGCGUACUCGUUCGAGGACGUUCCUCAGCUAGGUGGCAAGGUGGCGAUUGUGACUGGCGCCAGUGCAGGCAUUGGACUCGUCACGGCCCGCGAGCUUGCAAUCAAAGGAUGCCACGUCAUCCUCGCUUGUCGGUCCCGCGCCAAGACCGACGCGGCCAUCGCUACUCUGCCAGAUGCGGCUCGGAACAACGUCGAGUUCGCAGAGUUAGAUCUCAUGAGUCUGCAAUCCGUCCGUGAUUUCGUGGCCGCCUUCGUCGCUCGCAACCUUCCGCUCCACUUCCUCGUCAACAAUGCUGGUAUCUACGCGCCGUCGACCUUCGCUUUGUCGGUAGAUGGAAUCGAGUCGCAGCUAGCUACUAACCACGUUGGUCACGUGGCGCUUACACUCGGCCUCUUGCCCGUACUGGAAGCGUCGGCUCCGUCGCGCGUGGUGAUUUUGAGCUCCAUAGCACACACAUUCGGAGUCCCCAAGGACAUUGGCGUGGAUUUCGAGGCUAUUCACAACCACCCCGACCAGUAUUCCCCCCUCAGAGUGUACAGCCAGUCCAAGCUAGCGAAUGUGCUCUUUGCAGUCGAAUUGAGUCGCCGGCUGUCUGCGAAGGGCGUGACCAACGUGUACGUGAACGCGCUGCAUCCUGGCGUUGUGCGAAGCGACAUAUUCCGCAACCAGCCGUGGAUUGUGCGAGUUGUCCUGUAUCCGUUCCAGCGAACGCCAGAGGACGGCGCCAAGACGGUUCUGUACGUGGCCACCCACGCCGACAUUGAAGCGAACAAGUGGCACGGGCAGUACUUCGGGCCCAUUGCGAAACAUUCGGAAGCGUCGGCACUAGCGAACGAUGAAAAAGUGGCCGCAAAAUGCUGGGAAACUACGGCGGAACUGAUUGCGCGCAGUGCCGAAAACGCUCGAGACAAAGGGACUGCCGACCCUGCCACCAACAACUAGCGAAACGUUCAACCAUAGCAUACUACAGCUACUGUACUGUACGUUUCCAUGACCCACAGUUACUUCAAAGUAAUUAGGUGAAUGGUGUUCUAGUAUAUCCAGUCCCACUUCAGUCAAGAAGUAUACUAUAGUAUGUAUCUUCACUCUCCUCCAAUCCCACAUCGACAAAGACACCG